UUGAGCAUUGUUUUGCAUCACGAGGCCCAUCGCAAUAAAGGGUGGAUCUACGGUUACCGUGCGAGCGAUCAGUGGCUGCAAAAUCCCCAAAAUUUUGGAACCCUAAGAGGUUUGACAAUUCAACUGCAGGUGGAGGAGACGUGUGCUGUGCUGCUUGCCUUUCAACGAUACAAUCGGUUUGGCGUGGAGGUUGAAGUUGCGGGAACCUUCCACUCAUUUGCAUUGGUUCCUUCUUCUCCGAUCGAUGUUGAUGUCGGUUAGGUUCAGUCCGCGUGCAUAGAACCUUUGUAUGGCGAGGAGCCUCACAAAAGUCACCAACUGCGGCCUAUCGAUUAUUUUCUCCUGCUCCUCCUCCUCCUCCUCCUCCUCCUCCCAUGGCCACCGACGCCUCCCCGAAAUUCAAGAAACCGGACCUUAUACCGGUGCCGCAGCAGCCGGAGUACAACCCCGCAAUCGCCGCGGCGGAGCACGACGGCCUCCGUUUCUGGCAAUUCAUGGUUGCCGGCUCGAUUGCUGGGAUGGUGGAGCACAUGGCAAUGUUCCCCGUCGACACAGUCAAAACCCAAAUGCAAGCCCUCGGCACCUGCCCUAUCAAAUCCGCCGGCAUUAACCAGGCCCUGAACUCUAUUCUGAAGACGGAUGGAGUCAAAGGACUCUACCGCGGGAUUGGCGCUAUGGGGCUCGGCGCCGGCCCUGCACACGCCGUUUAUUUCUCCGUUUACGAGUUCUGUAAGAAGAAGUUUUCCGGCGGGGAUCCGGACAACCACGCGGCGCACGCUGCUUCUGGUGUUUGUGCUACGGUUGCUAGUGAUGCUGUAUUUACCCCCAUGGAUAUGGUGAAGCAGAGGCUUCAAUUGGGCAGAAGCCCUUAUAAAGGGGUGUGGGACUGCGUGGGGAGGGUGCUGAGGGAGGAAGGGCUGGGGGCAUUUUAUGCGUCUUACAGGACCACGGUGCUAAUGAAUGCACCUUUUACGGCGGUGCAUUUUGCGACCUAUGAGGCAGCCAAGCGAGGUUUGAUGGAGGUUUCGCCGGGCAGUGUCAGUGACGAGAAUUUGAUAGUGCAUGCUACAGCGGGAGCAUUGGCGGGGGCUUCGGCUGCAGCAUUGACCACUCCUCUAGAUGUGGUGAAAACUCAAUUGCAGUGUCAGGGUGUUUGUGGAUGCGACAGAUUCGUUAGCGGUUCAAUUCAAGAUGUUGUUAGAACAAUCGUACAAAAAGAUGGAUAUAGAGGUCUAAUGAGAGGAUGGUUGCCCAGAAUGCUCUUCCAUGCUCCAGCAGCUGCCAUUUGCUGGUCUACGUAUGAAUCAGCAAAAACCUUCUUCCAAGACCUAAACAGCCACAAUGGCGACGGCGGUGAGGGCACUGAGAAGCAAAGCAAAUAGGAUGAUGAUGCACCAUUUCUGCACUGAUUAGGUAACAACGGGUGGUUAUGGUGAGCUAGCUAUAUUUCUUCCAUUCAUUACUUGUGGCUUGACUUGAAUUGAAUAAUGAUUAAUGCUCGCUCUUGUCAAAUUAGGAUUCAUUUUUCUACUUUGUAAUGUAUUGGGUCACAAAUUUAGACAGUUAUUUUUUGA